AUGCCCCUAGCUAAAGCUCGCAGGUCGAAGCGUCGGGGUCGUUCACCUUCGCCGCCGGCCUCCUCCCAGCCGCACGAUGACGUUGAUCCAUCUGACGCUCCCACGUAUGAUGCCGCCAAAGAAGAGGAGCCGGAUGUCGCAGGCGUCUCCCCCGGCUCCCACGUCGUCGACCCCCAGCGCUCCUGCCCCUUCUACCAGAACCAACACCUCCUCCGUCAAGUCUGGAGACACUCAGCAGGCUCCGCAGGCAAAGCCAUCGAGGCUGGUCUGGUUCCUCGCCCUCUUGGGGAUCGUCAGGCCGACACCACAGCCAAGCGUGACAAGGAGCAACAAGCGAGGGAUGCCAAAGCCAAGCGCGCCGCGAAGCAAAGCUCCGGGAACGCACCUCCUCAAAACAGCAACGACUCUCGCACCGGCAACAAGACUCAGCCUUCGGUAGCCCAUUCACGUACGAGCAACAAGCGUUCAAACGAACAAGAGAACGACGCGAUGGAUGUCGAUGGCGCCCCACCCGGGAGUCAAGAACAAACUCAGGUCAAGGCAAUAUUGCUCGAGAUCGACACUGCUCUCUCCCGCGCGGAGAAGCGCAGUGCACUUCAGCACGCUGAACGAGGCCGAGUUCAAGAGCUGCGGCAAUCAAACCAGGGCAGCACACCGUCUCAGGCUAGUCAUGCACCAGCUGCUCACAAGGACAUCGGCUCGUACGUUGCCACGAACUACUACACCGCAUUAUACUCAUUUUUAUCUGGUGCAUCUGGCAAAGACAAGAGCCGCAAGACUAUUAUGUCUCAAAAUGCGUGCACAGACGAUUGGCGUAAGAUGUAUGUCGCACGGGCCACACGCCAGGUGGCUUGCAAGGCUGCAUCACAAGCUUCCAAUCAAGCUACCACAUUUGCCGAUGCCUCGCGAGAAGAUAACUACGAUGUGUUUGAUCUUCCUCAAGGCAUCACAGACGAAGAAGUGGCCAAGGAAUCCGUUGGCCAUGAGGGUCGGUCGCGCAUAAUAAGAUACGAUUAUGAGGGCAUCAGCGCCUGGGGCAUACACGAAGGCAAAGCUCAUGCUGACGAAGACGAGUUGAGUGACCGCUCCAAGCCUGCCGAUGACGACAAAGCUACACCAACUCCCCCUGUCGGACGUCUCACCACAAGCAAGAAAUCACUGUUCCAUGCCAAGGGGACUCCAGCGAGGGCUCCCACGACGCCUGCCCACAUCGCCUUGGCGACUCCCUCGACAUUCAAAAAGUCGCCCAUCAAGUUGCACGCCCUUUCCGGGCCCGCGCCCAUGGACGGUGAACCUCUCGACGAUGACGAUGAUCAGAACACGCAGACGAAAGGGAAGCUUCAGCUCUGCGACAUGCCAGCUGGUGUGCAACUGCACCUCAAGCCCUCGAUCGUCCCAGCCGUCAUUGAGUUCAUUGGGGAACUGGUGCGCCUGUGGAGCACAACUGGCGAACCAGGCAAGUGGUCGCUCGCGAGUCUUGUACAGAAAUAUCUCGACGAGUUCAUCCCUGGCCACGGUCUCUCGACCAUUACUGCGAAGCACCCUGUCUACCUUUGGAUCCGUCAGCAGAUUUACGACUACCGCAAGGAUAUUCAACGAGUCGCAACUGCAUCGGUCAAAGAUGCCGUUGACGAGCGGCGUCUCGGUCCAAAUCUCCCGCGAAAGGAUAAGACUGACACCGCACUCAAGAACUGGCUUAUCGAUGCGACUGCAAAGGCAGGUUGUAUCUCUCCUGACAAUGCUCGUGAGAUUUUCCGCUCACCCUACAUCCUUGCGGUCAUGGCACAUCACAUCCAUCUCACAAAAGGAAGUGCUCGCACGGAGAGUGAACGUCGGUUCCCCAUUGGGGCGCUUGCACUUACCUGUGCCGCUGUUCAACGGGCAUUCGAGAAUCACCGGAUUCAGUCAACGAGGUCCACUACAAACUUCACCUUCAAGGACGCGGGCACCCUCACCGCGAUGUGGUGUAACGCAUCCAGCACAAUCCUCGACUGGAUCUUGGAGAUUGCUGAUGCAGACUCCGAGUCUGCAUAUGACGGUGCAGAUGGAAGCUUCGACGAUAUUGAGGACGAUACCUACUGUGCUCAACAGCGUCCCAGCUCACCCUUCUAG